CAUUUACAUUAGGAACACGUCAGCAGUCAGAAUGCGGACCAAUCAAUAGCCUCGUCUCCACGACGUUAAGCUGCUCUGGCGGCGCAUCGGACUCAUACAGACCACGCGUUUUGCCGACUUCCCAUUUCCGAGAUCGCGGCGACCGAAGGCGAAACGCAAGCGAAGGGAGGAGAGUGACAGAAACGAAGACGACUCGCAUUUGGAUCCCGACCACCUCCUCUCUCAAUCGGCCGCCUCUUCUAGCUCUCGUUUCGUGUUUUGGGUUUCUUGGGAGGAUCGACAUGGCACCGGUGUCGGCACUCGCAAAGUACAAGCUGGUAUUCCUGGGCGAUCAGUCGGUAGGCAAAACGAGCAUAAUCACCCGAUUCAUGUACGACAAGUUCGAUAAUACGUAUCAGGCUACAAUUGGAAUUGAUUUUCUAUCAAAAACUAUGUACCUCGAGGACCGAACAGUCAGGUUGCAACUUUGGGACACAGCUGGGCAGGAGAGAUUUAGGAGCUUGAUCCCAAGUUAUAUUCGAGACUCUUCUGUUGCCGUCAUUGUAUAUGAUGUUGCAAGUCGACAAUCCUUCUUAAAUACUUCAAAAUGGAUCGAAGAGGUUCAUACAGAGAGGGGAAGUGAUGUCAUCAUUGUCCUUGUUGGAAACAAAACUGACCUUGUUGACAAGAGGCAAGUCUCAAUAGAGGAAGGAGAAGGUAAAGCUCAGGAACUUGGUGACAUGUUCAUUGAAACAAGUGCAAAAGCUGGUUUCAAUAUAAAGGCUCUGUUUCGAAAAAUUGCCGCUGCUUUACCAGGGAUGGAAACUCUUUCUUCAACGAAACAGGAUGACAUGGUUGAUGUAAACUUGAAAUCCACAAAUACAAAUUCAUCCCAAUCACAGUCACAAUCUGGAGGAUGUAGCUGUUGAGAUUAAUUUGUGUUGCUCCUGGAAUUGUUGGCUUCUAUGAAUUGACAAUACUUCAUCAGCCUACUUAAAUUGGAAUUCCUUUAGGGAGAUGCCCAUCAACAAGUAUCAUUUCAUGUGUAAUGUUACAUCCAACGUGUUCAUACCAUGCUGUAGGGUCAUUUAGUUUGCGAUUGCUGGGAGUUGUGCUUGACUUUAGUUAAAGAAUAGUUUAAACUAGAAGACAGUGGCGUCAUUUUUAACUUAGAGGUGCAGUGAAUAGAGUUUAUUGUUCAAUUCCCUGUUGCACAAAUCAUUACAGUUUAGACUAUACAGUUUAUCAAGAGAUGAGAUGCUGCCCAUUGGUGGAUUUUUGAA